AUGGAGUCACAGUAUCAGCAACAGCAGCAGCAGCAUGCCCCGGGUGGCCACUACUCGGGGCACAACCCCAUCCCCACCGUCAAGCAAUUCGUCGAAAAUUUAGAUCGGGACAAGAGAGUCCGCGACAAAAGAAUUGACGAGGAGGCUGCUCAGAAGCAGGGGCCGCCCACAACAGAGAGUAAAUUGCCAGAGAAACAGCUCAAGGGCACCGAGAAGCGAGUCACAGAUCCAACUACGGGCAGAGAAGUUGUCAUCGCCGAUGUCAGCAAGGACAUGAUCAACGAGGUCGAAAACCCCCAUAUCGUCAUCCCCAAUGCCAACCUGAACAAGGAAACGCCCAUCAAGACGGAUCCCUCGCAAUCGCUCCAGGACUACAAGCAUAAUCAGGAUGUCACUGCACCCCCAGACCCAGUUGCCCAAGGUACCACAACCGACGUGCCCAUCCACGGCGAAAAGACAAACGUCCUCUUUCACCCUACACCCUCGGUCACCUAUGAGCCCAUGUUCAAGGCCCUCGAGGCCCGCGCCAAUGUCCUCUGCGCAGGAAUACUCGUAGGAACCGUUGUUGUCGGCAAGAUCUUUGGUGGCGCACUCAAGGGUCUUGUUCCUCUUGCCAUGUGCUUAGCAUCAGCUGUCUAUCUUUGGAUGAAGGAAGUCAUCCGGAGUGGAAGAGAGGUGGAGUGGGACAGCGAGCAAGUCCGCGGCCAAAUGGCCUCGCUGAACUUGCUUCCAGAGUCAGUCGAAUGGAUGAAUACGUUUCUCAGUAUCGCCUGGGGUCUUAUUAACCCUGAAAUGUUUUCGGGUGUUGCCGACAUGCUGGAAGAUGUCAUGCAGGCUUCAGUUCCUGGAGUCAUUGAAAAUGUUCGUGUCGCUGAAAUUAACCAAGGCAGCAAUCCACUACGCAUCCUGAGCUUGCGAGCACUGCCAGACUCACACAUGGGCGACAUGAAAGCAUCUAUCCACGAAGAGAACAAAAGAAAGAAAGAUCCUCAAGAGGCAGCAGCAGACGAAGAGGGCGGUGAUUACUAUAACCUAGAGGUCUCCUUUGCAUAUCACGCCAGUCCCAGCGGCAAGCGAGUUUCUGAUAGGGCCCGCAACAUGCAUAUGCAGCUGGUAUUUUACUUGGGUAUCAAGGGCCUCUUUGGUGUUCCUCUGCCUAUAUUUGUCGAGUUGCAGGGCCUUGUUGGCACAGUGCGCUUACGCUUAAACAUGACACCCGAGCCCCCCUUCCUCAAAACCCUGACUUUCACGUUGAUGGGAACACCGCAAGUGACGGCAGGCUGCAUCCCCAUGAUAGAAAAGGGAGUCAACAUUCUGAACCUUCCGUUGAUUAGCAACUUCGUCAACUAUGCUAUCAAAGCGGCAGCAAGCAUGUAUGUUGCCCCCAAGUCUAUGUCUAUUGAUAUGCGUGCCAUUCUUCAAGGGGACUCGGUCCAGAAGGACACUGAAGCACUUGGUGUUCUGUGGAUUCGCAUUCAUCGUGCUGUCGGUCUGAGCAAGCAAGACCGACGCGGAUCAAAGCAUGGCGGCAGCGAUCCAUAUAUCACAAUUGCCUUCUCCAAGUAUGGAAAGCCGAUGUACUGCACCCGGGUCAUCACCGACGAUCUCAACCCCAUAUGGGAGGAAACGGCGGCCAUUCUUGUUGGCCCUGAACUGAUCAAGGCGAACGAAAACUUAAGUGUUGAGCUCUGGGAUUCCGACCGACACACUGCCGACGAUAUUGUUGGAAAAGUGGAGAUAUCCAUGCAGAAAAUGAUCCAACAUCCUGGUAAAAUGUACCCGCAAACCUCCAAGUUGGCCGGUAUGGAAUCUGGCAGCGACAUGCCGGGAGAGUUGCACUGGGAAAUUGGUUAUUUCAGCAAGCCUAAGUUUAGGAAAGAGUUACGGACUGAUGGUAAGAAUAAAGCUCUUCCCGAUGAGCUGAAGAACGACCCUGCGCUACAGGACGAUAAGGGCGUGAUCAACUCCGAAACUGAUGACGCUGUUAUGCACACUCCGCCUGAUCCGCUGUGGCCCAGUGGUAUUUGCAGCGUAGUCGUACAGCAGAUCGUCAACCUCGAACUAGAGAAUGUAAAGGGAAGUUCCAAUCCCAAAGGCCGUGAGUAUGAGCCUGCGAAGCCUUAUGGAGAGGGCAAGAAGGAGACUGGCGAAGACCUUCCUAGCAGCUACUGUACGAUUCUUUUCAAUGAUGAGCUGGUAUAUCGGACACGUACAAAAGCAGUCACAUCUCAGCCAAUCUUCAACGCGGGAACCGAACGGUUUGUGCGUGACUGGCGAUCAGCUAUCAUCACGGUCACUGUGAGAGACCAGCGGCACAGAGAACAUGAUCCUAUCCUUGGCGUAGUCCCAUUGAAGUUAUCAGAUAUCCUUGAGACAUCGUCCCAAGUCACACGGUGGUAUCCCCUUGAUGGAGGCAUCGGAUUUGGUCGCAUACGUAUCGCACUUCUAUUUCGCAGCAUUGAGACACGCCUGCCUCCUCAAAUGCUUGGCUGGGAUGUCGGUACUUUUGAGUUCCGAUCUCAACGUAUACUGGCUGUAGGCUAUACCCAUCCUCCGAAACUUCGCAUGCGAACUGGUGGCAGUACUGGCAAGAUCAACCGCACUGCUGCCCACAGGCUUGAGGAGGGCGAUGGAUAUUAUUGGGAUCUCGAAGAGGAGAAUAAGAAACACGCUGUUCGCCUGCCUGUCAAGCAUCGGUACAGGUCACCCGUUGUCUUUGAGUUCCACAUCGCCAAUCAUCGCAAGCCAGAUGCCUACGCAGUAAUCUGGCUUCAACAUUUCAUCGACAACGAGGAUGUCGAUAUUAACAUCCCAAUCUGGAAGACAUCAGCUCCCGCUAGGCUCACACAAAACUACAUCACCGAAGAAAACUGCAACAAAGAACCGGGCCUUGAGGAUCUUCAAGAGGUUGGGCGUCUGCAGUUUCGCGGUCGCUUCAAAGCAGGAAUGGACAAGUCUCACGCUGCUUUUGUGACGGAUAAUGACACCCGCGAAACAUAUGAGACCUGGGAAGCAUGUGUCACAGAAGGCGUGCGAAACCACAUUGUCGAAAAGGAGCUGCCAGACCGUGUGAGGGAACUACAUGAGCAAUCAUUGACGUCGGGUCGUGAUAUUCUCAAGAAUGCGAGCGAGGAGGAAAAGCGCAAGUGGCUCGCAAAGGAUGGGCAGGACUGGUCAGGCGCUUUCGGCGACAAUCCUAAGGCAUACAUGAAUACCAGACAGCAGAAGAGACGUGAGCCUGGCGUUGAGGAGCCACUACAUGAUCGUCACCAUCCAUCAGAUAACGAAGCAAAUGACGAUUCCGACGAUGACUAUGGUGAGGAAUCAUCUUCGUCGGACAUCGGUGUACAAGAUGCUGAUGCUGUUGGCAAUACAACGGGGUUCAACGGUGGCAAAGGCGGUAAACCAGAUGGAAGACUGAGGUCAACGAAGACAGAUUUGUCGCCAACAGAUGAUCAUCUACCCCGCCAGUCACAGUCAACAGCCCGAACGAGCAGUACUGUCGAGACGGACGACACAACAUCGAGUAAUGAUCACAACAAACAAAACAAACGGGCAGAAGAGCGAAAGCAUCGGGGACUGAUGCAAUGGAAGCCAGCACGUAAUGCAAAGUUUGCAAAGGACGAAGCUAAAAUUGGACUGGCCAAACUCAAAAAGAAGGUCACUGGGGGCCUGGACGGAAGACAACCCGGUGUUGAGACUGAAACUGGGUAG